GAGUUUCUUAGAGAACAAAUCUUAGAAUGUCUUGGUUCCUUGUAAUACUGUUUCUCAGUCUCACAUUUGGUAGUCUUUCUGAGGCUAGCCAUGACAAAAAGCUUCCCUCUGCUGUUGUGGUUGGCACUGUCUACUGUGACACAUGUUUUCAACAGGAUUUCUCCUUGGGAAGCCACUUCAUUUCAGGUGCAUCAGUUGCUGUAGAAUGCAAAGAUGGGUAUGAGAGUUCAAAACCAAGAUUCAGGAAAAAAGUGAAGACAGAUGAGCAUGGAGAAUUCAGAGUGCAGCUUCCUUUCUCAGUGAGUAAACAUAUGAAGAGAAUCAAGGGAUGUACUGUGAAAUUGCUAAGCAGCAGUGAGCCUUAUUGUGCUGUGGCCUCAGAAGCAACUUCUUCUUCACUGCGCCUCAAGUCUAGAAAGCAAGGACUACACAUAUUCUCAGCUGGAUUUUUCUCAUUCAAGCCUCUUAAACAGCCAAAUCUUUGUAACCAAAAACCAAGUAUUCAAAACAGCAAUGGGCUUGAUUCAGUGAAAACUUUAUUUCCUCAACAUAUAGAUCCAUCAUUUCCACCUCCACUUCAGGAUCCAAACACACCUGGUGGUCUUCCUAUUCUUCCUCCCCUUCCUGGGCUUCCACCAUUGCCAGAACUCCCUCCUCUGCCACCCCUUCCAGGAAUGCCAUGGUCACCACCAGGAAUGACUAGUGAGUCCAAACCAAUCAAACCUUCAGACAAUGCUCAGUCUUCAGAUCAGAAAGUAGCUAACCCUGAAAACCUCAACUUUCCUCCUAACCCACUGUUUCCACCACCCAUUGUUCCCAACCCACUUCAGCCACCUAACCUUAUUCCUAACCCAUUUCAGCCACCAAGCCCAACACCACUCAUCCCUACCCCAUUGCAGCCUCCUCCUUCAGGAUCAUCACCAUUGUUUCCAUUCCCUCCAGUGCCGGGUUUAACUCCAUCCCCAUCACCUCCACCUACAUCAGAUUUGCCAUUUCCAUUUCCUCCACCUAGCAGCCCUGGCACACCCCCUGCUUCUUCUUCAAAGAAUGCUUCUCCUUAAUUAAAUAGAGCAGCUAUCCAUGCAUAAUUCCCUAAUAAUUCCUUCCACAUGAUCAACUUAUUUACUUACUUUAUGCAAAUCCUAAUAUGAUUAUGAUAUAAAUAGAAAAACAUGGGGAUGGAUGUGCAACAUCUAGUGACUGCCACUGAAAAAGUUGAUACAUCAUUAAUGAAUUAGUAA